UGUAAGUUAUGAGUAGAAUUGAGGACUUGGUUAUAUUAUCAGGGCUUCAUAGCAGAAAAAAUUUAUGAAUACAAUUUCUAUAAACAACACUCUGUCAUUGUAGUCAAAUAUAAAGAAGUACAGAUUGUUGCAUAUUGAGAAUGAACUUUUAUGGAGCCCCCACAGUAGACAAGGGUAGUCUUUAUGGACAGCAUGGGUACCCCUCCUCUGGAUAUCCCCCCUCCCAGCAAGGCCUGCUGCCCGGGUUCUCCUCAGGGCCCUCUCUAACCCAGCCUAGGUACCCCAGCCCAGCGGGAGCCAUGGGCCAGCAGUAUGUUGGGAACCCUAUGUCUACGACAGCUCCGGCCAUGCAGGGCUUCAGUAGCAUGUCAGGAUACCCUGCUGGGAUUCCUUAUCCCAGCAGCACUUUAGUAUCUUCAGCUGGACCUUACAGACCCUCCCAGCCCAUGCCUCACCCCUCGCUGUCAACCAUGCCUCCUUCCACCCUAGCCUAUCCUGCUACAGCCCAGUAUCCUUCCAUGACUCCCACAUACCUCAACAGCCCUCACCCACUACAACAGAGCUCCAACUAUCCUACUGCUAGCCCAGUGAUAUCCAUCCCAAGUGCUCUUAGUCACCAAGGGGCUUACCAAGGCUUGCCUGUGACCAGUGUUCCCAGAGGAUAUCCUGUGGGAGCCCCUAGUACCAUUCCGACGGGCCUUCCCAGCUCUAUACCUGGAGGAGUGUCCCCCUUGGGGUACCCCAGUGGUUACCAUGGACAGGGACCUGCGUACCCCUCAGCCAGUCUUUAUGGGGGCGGGCAGUAUCCAGGAAUGUAAAGUGUGGAGUAGCUGACCAGGAAGCAAGAUCUGAUGAUUUAAAGGUGUAUCACAAAAAUUAACAGGGUUAAGGAGGAGUAUGAUCUCUUGCUUCAAAUUCCUACACUUGCUCUGUCUACCACAUAUGAAUAAGGGUAACUCUCUACAGUUGAUAAAACAAUA